AUUCACGGUGUUAUUCCAAAGGCGGCCGGUGGUCGCGUUAUCGAUCUCGCGCUUCCGCGCCGUUAUCACGUCGGCCUGUCGUUAGUGUUUUGUCCCGGCGAGGUGUAUUUCGCAGGGAACGAUGUCGGCCAAUGAAAAAGACUACAAAGAGAAGCUCAUAGCAGCCGUGAAAAAGGAGGUAAAGCAAGUAAUGGAAGAAUCCGUUACACGCAAAUUCGUGCACGAGGAAAGCGGUUCUGUGACGUCACUCUGUGCCGCGGUCGAAGCCUGUUUAUCCCAAGGGCUUAGAAGACGAGCUCUAGGCCUGUUCAAGACCUCAUCCACCACAGCAUUGUUGCAUAAAAUUGCCAAACACAGCUCAGAGGCGGCAAAUAUAUCCAAGAAAGUACAAGAAUUAGAGAACGUAGACCCCAACCGAAGGUCUUCGAGUAGCAGCGACAGUCUUACAAAGCCUACCUUAAAAAAGAACGCUUCUCUGCCCAACUGCGCCCCGUUGCCAAAGUACCUGUGGAUAAGGCUUGCUCUGUUUGAAAAGCAACUCGCCAAAAUCAUCGACUACCUGGUCUCCAAUGCAGGGAAAUACUACGACAAAGACGCUCUAGUGGCAGAUCCGGACUACGGGAGCAUCUUGAGUUCCUUAUUGGUGGGACCCUGCGCUUUGGACUAUUCCAGGACGAAAAGUCACGAUCACUUUUGGACGGACCCGCCCGCUGAUGAGCUGGUGCAAAGGCACAGGAUAUCAAGCGGCCACUCUACCCCGCCCUCCGUGCGUAGACCCAUCCUCAACUUCAGGCGUUCCCUCAACACCAGCUCUGAAGACACGAUGUCUAGCAGAUCCUCGACACAACACAUCGCCAAAGAUUAUGUGGAAAGCCUUCAUCAGAACUCCAGGGCCACUUUACUGUUCGGAAAAAACAACGUGUUGGUUUUGCCGGUGAACGCGGAAGUCUCAGAACCCAUGCCGGGGUACUUGAGUCUUCAUCAAACUGCACACGGUUUAACCAUCAAAUGGACGCCGAAUCAACUAAUGAAUGGCUUUAUCGAAGAAUCCCAAGACAAAAGUAUAUACUGGGAUUACGCCCUUCAAGUCCGGCUAGACGAGGUGGUGUACGUCCACUGCCACCAGGACAGCGAAGCGGGUGGCACGGUAAUUCUAGUUGGCCAAGACGGUGUACAGAGACCUCCCAUACAUUUUCCAAAAGGAGGACACAUGCUCGCGUUCUUAAGUUGCAUCGAAACUGGGCUGUUGCCCAGGGGUCGCUUGGACCCUCCCCUAUGGUCGCACAGGUCGGGCAAGAACUGCACCAGGCGCAGGAGGCCCUUACCUGCGCUCUCGGAGACCGAAGAAACGACGAAAGACUACGUGUUCAGGAUCAUAGACAACAGCGAUCGCAAGGAGAUCCUGAAACGCAACGAACUCAUGGACACGCACGCCGCCUUGCCCACCAAAGUGAGGGUGCAGCUCUGCAGCACCAGCACGAGCUCCGACAGCUCCACCAAGAGCUUCAGCAUAGACCAGAACGUCCCCGAUAGCCCGCCGAGCGUUUGCAUCAAGGCCGUGUGCGAUUCGAUGAAACGCCAGAUCAUCUCCAGGGCCUUCUACGGGUGGCUGGCUUACUGCAGGCACUUGUCGACGGUGAGGACGCACCUCAGCGGGCUGGUUAACGGCAAGAUCGUGUCCGGGGAGGGGGCAAGUGAAGGAAUAACGAUUGAAAGGUGGGCCGAGCUGUGCGUGGAAGGCGUGGUGUCCGACUAUUCGGAGGUCUACAGGCUGACGUACUUCGGCGGCAUAGUCCAGGAACUGAGACACGAGAUCUGGCCGUAUCUCCUGGGUCACUACAAAUUCGGCAGCACGCAGGAACAACGAAACGAACUCAGCGAAGAAACAAAACAGGCCUACGAGAACACAAUGUCUGAGUGGCUGGCCGUGGAGGCGAUAGUUAGACAACGCGAUAAGGAAAACCAAGCGCACGCCAUCGCAAAAUUGAGCAGCGAAAGCAUGUCCGGCGACCAACUACCCCCCCAGAUCCAGAGGGAAUUGAGCAACGAGGUUUUCGAGGACGACGGCGUGACAGACGACGAGGGAGACGAAUCCCUGGAAGACGACAAGGCGGAGCAGCGAGGACCGAGGCCCAAACGCACAAAACAGAACACGAUCAAGUACGAGAGCGACGAGGACGGCGAGGGGAGAGGGGUAGGGGGCGCUGUGGUCGGCGCGAAACCUGAAAACGUACAAAACGAAGAAGCCUUAUCCUGUAGAAAUAGUAGACAUAGUAGCGAGACGAGUGAUACUAAUGUAGGUAAAUUAGGGAAUGCUUGCAAACUAGACAUUGACGAGGUGGCCAGCAAACUACUGAUCAGCGGCGAAGAAGCCGUCGAUCGCAAAGACGAAGACGACAUACACCUAGAUCCCCACGUAGAACUAAAAGACUUCAUUCACAACGUCAUAGUCACCAACGCCAGCGUAGAUAUGAGCGGUCUAGGCAACGAAAGUCUCAGGAUAACGAACCUGGACGCGGUCACGGAAGAGAACAACUCUUCCCUGGACACCUGCAUAGAGACCCACGGACUGGCAUCGCCCGCUAGAUCGGCUUGCGUGUCCCCAGCUAGCUCUAACGGAGGCAUAUACAGCCAAGAACUGCUGGAGACCUUCGGGCUGAACCUGCACAGGAUAGAAAAGGACGUGCAGAGGUGCGACAGGAACUACUGGUUCUUCAUGGAGAAGGAGAAUCUGGAUAAGUUGAGGAACGUGAUGUGUACGUACGUCUGGGAGCACCUCGACAUAGGCUACAUGCAGGGCAUGUGCGACCUCGUCGCGCCCCUCCUCGUCAUCUUCAACGACGAGUCGCUCACGUACGCGUGCUUCUGCCACCUCAUGGAGCGCAUGGUGGAGAACUUCCCCAACGGCACCGCCAUGGACUGCCACUUCGCCAACAUGCGCUCCCUCAUACAGAUCCUCGACUCCGAAAUGUACGAGCUGAUGCACGCCCACGGCGACUACACCCACUUCUACUUCUGCUACAGGUGGUUUCUGCUCGAUUUCAAAAGGGAACUGGUCUACCCGGACGUCAACGCCACCUGGGAGGUAAUCUGGGCGGCGCAGCAGGUGGCUUCCAGCCACUUUGUGCUAUUCCUAGCCUUGGCCCUCCUGGAGACCUACAGGGACAUCAUCCUGUCCAACGGCAUGGACUUCACGGACAUCAUCAAAUUCUUCAACGAAAUGGCCGAACAUCACGACGCGGCCGCUAUUCUCAAGCUGGCCCGCGAACUGGUACUUCAACUGCAACUCCUGAUAGAGAACAAGUAAAUAAGCGGGAGAUACUUCAUCUAACUCUUCCGAUGAAGUUGGGCGAGUGUAGAGAAGAUCCUUUGACGGUUCCAAGACUUAUGGUGGGCAAUUAGAGAUUAAUUUUAAGCACAAUUACGUUAAACUGAUUAAGCUUAAAUCGUCUCCAUUCCAAGCAGGUGUCUUUUGUUUAUCCACAAAAAUUAAUAUGACAUUUCGAGCGAUUCGCCACAAAAAAACUUGAUUACCUCAUCUAGAUACAAAGUAAGGGAGUGAGCUAGCUAGGAACUUUCUAAAAAUAAACUAAAAAUGUGCCAAAAAAACAAAACAACGUACGUAGUUGGCUAGGUUAGGUUAAGAGAUUAUUUUUUAUUAGGAAAAAGACUCUCCUAGGAUGUGGCUGGAAUAAAAAUACAGUUGGCAACUGCGCGCAUAGGGAGAGAUUCUUUACCAGUCGAACAUAACCUCACAUACACUGAAGUGAAACUUUUCCAUGGUUAAAAUUUAUUCUCGAUAAGAAAUAUCAGUUUCACUUUUCCUUCAACACGAAAGAGCUGCCGACAUUAUUUUUAUUCUAACCUCAAAGCCGGUGAAGUAUUAUAUUUUUCUACGUUCAUUUUCACUGUAGCGCACCCCUUGAACGAGUUUUUAAACUAGACGUCUCGGAAGGGACCUUUAUUACCGACCCACACCGCUACGACUACCCCCUAACCUUUAAGUUUGUGUGUCUGUGUAUAUAUAUGUAUAAUAAUAUUUAUUAUGUAAAGAAAUAUAUAUGAUACACUAUGUGUAACUUUUUAGCCGAAAAUUACGCCGGCACACGGAAAAAGAAGUGGUCUGUACCUUUGGUUUGACCCAAUAGACAAAAAAAAAUCGAAAAAAAUUGUUUUCAACUUGAUCUAGUGUGUUUUGAUGUGCUGAAUAAAAAUCUGAAGCCUUUUAGGCCGCACCCCCGCCGAUUUUGCAAAAAUCGCAAAAUAAUAGCGAAAAACCACCGAAAACAACGAACAAUUGCCAAAAAUCAUGUUACUGGGCGCCAAAAAUUGUAAAAUUUUAAUUCUGAUCUUGAUCAAGUGCGUUUCUUUUGUAUUUUGACACGCUGACGACUAUUAGCUACAGAUUUUGGAAAAAAUAUGAGAAAAGGGCAAAAAAUCGUAUUAAUAAAGUGAGAAACACACUCGAUCAAGAUCGGAAAACAAUUUUUGGCGCCCACUAACCCAACUUUCGGCGACUUUUCAUUUUCUUGUCAUUUACUCAAAAUACAUAAAGCUUAUUGGAUCAAAUCAAAGGUAUAGACCACUUUUUUACUUUGUGUAGCGGUGUUAUCUGUGGGCAUAGAAGCAAAGUCAACUAAAAUACGAAUCGUAGUAAGACGCCCCGAUAUUGAUCGCCCAAUCAAAUUUUGGGCUUACUGAAAUUCAGUUUUGGUUGAAUCUGCAAACGUGCGACAACAAAGCGUUGUGUUAUACUUUUUUACCGACCCAUCAGAGGUUGUCAAGAAUCAAUUAGGUAUUAUUAUAUUAAAUGUUACAGAUAUAUUUUUAUCCGGCUGUUGAAUCAUAUUAUAUUUUAUGAGCUGAAGUUUAUUAUAGUAUAAAAUAUCAUCGUAUUGUAUUAUUAUCCUAUCGAAGAGAUGUGUUAAAUUUUAUAUAUUAUAUAGAUUUAAUAUGACUAAUCAAACAAUCAUCACUUUUAUAUCCCAAGUCUGCGAAUUUGUUUAAAUUCUACUCGUUAUAGUACAGAAAGUUUAUAUUCCAAGCGCUCUGUGUGCUAUACUGGGCGAUACCUGCAACUUUCAAAUGUCUUAAAAAUUAGCACUCUACGAGAAAAAAAUGUCUCCGACGAAUCCUACGUACUUUUAGCCGUAGAAUCCGAAUCUGUAAUAAAAUAUACGAGUUCCUACUUAAGAUUUCAAAGCUCCCUUCACCCUCCUACAGGAAGGGGGGAGGGGAACUAAUUAUAGCACCUGUCUCUCCGUGGAACGAUUAAAUUUUUAUUAUGGACAUUUUUUUUGUAGAGUGCUUAUUUCUCCAGAUAUUUGAAAGUUCCAGGUUAAAAAAAUCACUCGGUAUACAGUUGGAAACCUCUAAUCCUUUUUAAUAUUGUGAGUCACUGAUUCCCAUUUUAAUAUUCAGUUUUGUUGUAAUUCCAAAUAUUUCCAAACUGUAUUAUUAUUUUUUAAUCAAUCAUAAAAGGUAUGUCUAAGUCGAGUUGUACAUAACAUAUCACUCUCC